AUGGAAGAAGUGGAAGAAGCCAACAGAGUUGCCGUUGAGAGCGGUGAGAGUGUUCUGAGCCUGUUAUCUCAGCCACAAGAUCAGCUGCAGUGGGAAAACAUAGUGGUUGAGACGGGGAAAGCCGUUUCCAAGUUCAAGAGAGUGGCUUCCCUGGUCAGUAAUCUUCUUGGCCGUGCUAGGUUCAGGAAGCAGAAGCCAAUCCAGACUCAUCUCCCUCAGAAGAUAUUCUUGGAUAACCCAACUGUAUCAUACAGGGCUGAAUCCUCUCUGACUCCCCUCCAGCUCCUACCAAGAGGUCUCCUCGGGCGCUCUUCAUCGGAGAUGGACGCACCUGCUAGAAUCCCCCUCUCUCUCGCCCAGAAGUUUUCAGGGAGCUCUUUUUUGGAAUUGGAUUCGCCCGCUAGAGGUCCCUUCCAAGUUUCCCCACUGGCUCAUUCCAUCACGCCAUUUCAGUACCUUCAACAUCAGAACAGCCAAAGGUUUCAGCUGCUGCAGCAGCAACAACAGCACAUGAAUCUCCAUUCAGACGUAUACAGUAGGAGCAACAGUAACAUAAACCUCAAGCUUGAGGGCUCCAGCUGCACGCCCACGAUGUCGUCCACCAGAUCAUUCAUUUCUUCCCUCAGCAUGGACGGAAGCGUGGCAAGUUUGAACGGGAAUGCGUUUCAUCUGAUUGGCGUCCCGCAGUCAUCUGAUCGUUUGGGUCUCCAACCACCUUCCAAGAGGAAAUGCACAGGUAGAGGCGAAGAUGGGAAUGGAAAAUGCGCUAUUAGUGGCAGGUGUCACUGCCCAAAGAGGAGGUUAGUGUUGUCGAUCGCUUUCUGUGUGUUUACCACUUGGGAACUUGGUAAAUUCUCAUUAUUUGUUCAAAAAUUGUAGAAAACUGAGGGUGAAAAGAUCCAUUAAGGUGCCCGCCAUCAGCAAUAAGCUCGCUGACAUACCACCGGAUGAGUACUCUUGGAGGAAGUACGGGCAAAAACCGAUCAAAGGCUCUCCGCAUCCUAGGUUACUUCUACCCUUUUUUUCUUUGUCAGUUUAUACCCUCUGUAAACGUAAACCAGUAUAUGGUAACGAAAUUUCGGGUUUUUUCAUGGUUUACAGCUCUAAUCUUCCCUGCAGGACCUAUCAGUCGUAUGCCUUUCAAGCAACCCACUUAUUUAGAUUCCUGAUUGAAAUUACCACCCGCAGGCUUGGGGUUUAUUUGAUCCGAGUUUAGUGUCUUUCCCAUUAUAAAUCUUUGAUCAUGUUUUCUCUCAUGCUGAGCGGAGUAUUCUGAUUUAAGAAGCUUUCAGUGGCUUAUAUGCGAAGAGGUGAACCAUAUUUUAUCAAAUAUGUGCGAAGGUCUUUUCCCCGACUGUUUCUCGGGGAAAGUACCUCCCACAGUCUCAUUCAUACGCCCGUCGUUUGAUAGCACUGAUUAGCAUCCUUUGCUGUUGUAUUGUUUGUUUGAAAUGUAAUCUGAAUAGAGGAGUACGUAGAACUGAAAGCUUUUUUAUUCGCCCAAAUUAUGCAGAGGAUACUAUAAAUGCAGCAGCAUGAGAGGCUGCCCUGCAAGAAAGCACGUCGAGAGGUGUUUGGAGGACCCUUCGAUGCUCAUAAUCACCUACGAAGGUGAGCACAACCAUGCCAGGGCACUGUCACGCUCUGCCACCUCGUAG